AGAGAAUGACAAUGCUGUGCUGAACUAGCGUGAAGUCCGUUAUCUUCCAUGUCUUUACAGCCGUUGUGUAUCGAGAACAUAAAAAACCACUAUACUGAUGGAGCAUGAAGAUGACGAAGAGAUUCCUCAACUAAAUGAAAAUCUGAUUUUCCCACUGGUGUUCCUCCUGGAUAACGUUUCACAGUUCUCAGUAGCAUUGAAUUGAGGUAUUUUACAUCGGGGUGUGUGGCUCCAAUUGUGUGUGUUUAGCAGGACUUUCAAAAUGAUUUCCUAUUCGCUAAGGGAAUUGGUAUUACAAUGUCUUAUUGCUAUCCUGUUGGCUACUACUCUCUGUGAAGCUUCAAACUCAACUCAGAGAAGCAUUCUCCAUGACAGUCUUCUGAAUGGGUAUAACCGUAGAGCCUAUCCCUGACGGUCCGGGUGGUGGGCCAGUUCAGAUAUUUGUCCACUUUAGUCUGAUGUCACUGAAGGAUUUUGAUGUCCAGAUGAGCCGGUUUGCUGUUUCCGGUUUUCUCACCUCGUCAUGGAGAGAUGAACGACUGAAAUGGCUGGCUUCGAAUCAUGACGAUAUUCGUUCGCUUCGUUUGAAUCAGGGUGAGGUUUGGACUCCUUGCUUUGUGCUUUGGAACUCCGACGCGUCCUUGGCCAAGAUUGGGUUUGCUGAUGCGCCAGUUAGAGUUUCUUCUGAUGGCUUGGUAAUUUGGAAUCCUGGACAGGUGUUUGUGACGUCAUGUAAUGCUGACGUCACAUAUUUUCCUUUCGAUAUUCAGCGUUGUACAAUGGAUUUCCUUUCGUAUGGCUAUAACAUGGACGAACUCAAUAUUACUGUUGAUGCCGCAAUUGCUUCUACAGACGACGAGACAUUGAACACCAUGUGGGAAAUCCUUCACACGAAGCUGUUUGUAACGGAAAAACAGCAUGAACAUAUGCUACAUGUCUCUGUAACAUUCAAAAGACGCGGGCUCGUCUUUGUCCUACUUAUCAUAAUGCCUGUGGUUUUAAUGAGUCUCGUGAAUCUCGCUGUCUUCUUCAUUCCCUGCUGAAGAAGGAAACAGAGUAGACUUUGCGACCACCAUGCUGCUGACUAUAUCCGUUUCUAUGACAGUCGUGGGUAGCUACCUUCCGCAGUCUUCUCUCCCUCAGAUCUCUAUCAUGUGUUACAUGGUGUCAAUCCACGUGUUCAUUAGUAUGCUGGUAAUGGUAUUCACUGUCAAGAGUGUUCAGCUCUAUCACAAGUCUGACACGGAGGAAGUAUCUAUUUCAGCGAAAUUCUUCACGAAACUGAUGAUGCGAAGAGGACGAGAUAACAUUACAGUCGUAUACCCCGCAAAUCAGGAACUCACUAAAGUGCAGGAGUUUGAGAGACCGAAAUGGAUUAGAAGUUCAGAUGAAAAUGAAAUGAACGGCGAUGGAAAACACAACAAUCAGGAUGACAAAGAUGAUCUCAACCCCACGGAGGAUGUAUAUGCCAACAUUACCUGGAGCGAUGUUGGAUCUUCUUUUGACAGGUUUUCUUUCGUCGUCUUCAUUUUGUUGAUCGGCGUUCUGGAUUUCGUCACUAUUGCUAUGGUGAUUCAGGGCGGUAAGACUCUAGGUGAUUAAAGGUGUGACAUUCUAUAGAAUAUACCUGUGACUGAAUAAUAUGGUUAUACAUGUCGGUAAGACAUCUUCCUAUGUGAAUUAAAGGUGGUGAAACAUUCUAUAGAAUAUACCUGUACCAUAAACUUAUAAUAACUCGGACAGCGAGGACUGAAGAAUAUGGACGUGGGCCUAGAAGUAAUAUUUAUCUCCAUCUGGCACCGUGCCAUCAUAUUGUCUAACUUCCUUCGUGAUUUUACCCCUGUUUCGAUCCGGGAAUUCAGGAUGUGAGACUCGCCUUCUUAUUGGACAGCACAGCCUGAUUCCUUCCUCCUCUCACUCGUGUUCAGAGAUUGUCCUGUCGUGUCCAACUUCAUGUUAGGUAUUAUAGGGGACAUCUAAUGUGGGGCAAUUACGAAUUACAUACAAGCAACGAUUUAAUCCAUACCGCAUGUGUUUGAAGUUCCUUUAAAAUAAAAUGAUGAAUACUAUGAAACUAAUUGAAUUAUAUGCAUAUUUCAUUUCCUAGAUUACUAGAUUAGGCCAUUUCAUUUUAGGAAAUAGAGAAUGUGUUUUAGAGCUCACCAAGUUAUGGAGUAACGUGUUCUGGAGCUCACCGAACGUGGUAAGCAAUGUGUUCCAGAGCUCACUAAUGGAAUAAGGGAAUGUGUUCUAGAGCUCAUCAAGUGAAUGAGAUAAUAUGUUCCUGAGCUCUUCGAGUGAAGUAGACCAUGUGUUCUGCAGCUCACCAAAUGAGAUAAUCAAUGUGUUCCAGAGCUUACUAAUGGAAUACGAGAAUGUGUUCUAGAGCUCUCCGAGUGAAGUAGACUUUGUGUUCUGUUCCAUGUUUUACACUGAAACGUUUCACUCGGUAAAAAUUACAAACAAUGCGGCAGACAAAAUGGAAACAAAUGUAAGAUUGUGUUGAUAACAUAAGAUAUGUUUUGUAAACAUUACUGAAAAGACUAUUUUACCACACUAUUUUCUUUUGUUACGUCACAAGAUAUAUAUAUAGAUAUAUAUAUCAAGAUGUUAUCUUGUCAACAUUGAAAAAAUGGAAUCUCCUUCUAAUUAUCAAAUCGGUAUUCAUAACAUAAUGUAAGGGGUGUUAUUGUAAUAACAACAGGGUUAUUGUGUAAAAAUACUUCCAGUGCGGAUUAAAUAUGCUAUGUCUGUUAUCUUAUCCUUUUCUACUUUUGUAAAUUUGUUGAAAUUAAGUGCAUAUACAUGAUAUUCACUCGUGGUUUUAUAUUGAUAAUUAAUUAAUAUACUAAU